AUGGCAACAGCCAGGAGCCUGGGCCUCCUGCUCUUUCUGCUACUGGAGAAUCCAGAGUAUGUUGAGACCACUGAAGAGUCAAGGAACGUUUGCCUGCUCAAGGGGAACCAUGAGUAUGACAACUUUGACUUGAAUGACAUUGCUGAGUGCUUCACCACGUGCGGGCCAUCAGAGAACAUCUCCUGUGAUGUGGGGAAGUUGCAGAGAUACUGGCUGAACUAUGAGUCCUACCUGCUGGAGAAUUCCAAGGAGACUGUGGACAAGCCUUUUGUUAAGGCCUUGAUUCAGAAUGUCAGCACAGACAUCUCAGAAGACCUGCUCUUCUCUCUGACGCCCUCCAAGAUCCCAAAGCAGGUGAUGCAGGGUGAGGUCCAGCCCACUGACAGAGUCCGACUUCCCAAGAGCCUGUUUGGAGCCCUCCUGCCUGGCAACAGGUCUGCCGUCCGGUUGGCCAUAACUGUUCUGGACAUUGGUGCGGGGAAUGUCUUCAAGGGCCCCAAGCUCCUCCAGGACAACGGCAGCACCGUGUUGAACAACCGCAUGGUGGGCCUGAGUGUGGGCCAGAUGCACGCCACCGGGCUAUCGGAGCCAGUGGAGAUCACCUUCUCCCACCAGCGACAGCCACCUAAUAUGAUCCUCACUUGUGUAUUCUGGAAUGUGGUUAAAGGAGACUGGGAUUCCCAAGGCUGCUCCACCGAGCUCAGGGAUGAGAGGACUGUCUGCCGCUGCGACCACUUGACCUUCUUCGCCUUGCUGCUGAGGCCGAUCUUGGACCUGGCCACAGCACAGACUCUCACUCGCAUCUCCCAAGCAGGCUGUGGAGUCUCCAUGAUCUUCCUGGCCUUCACCAUUGUUUUCUAUGUUGCCCUCAGGCUCUCUCUACAGAGGUUCAAGUCUGAAGAUGCCCCUAAGAUCCACAUGGCUCUGAGCAGCAGCCUAUUUCUCCUGAAUCUUACCUUCUUGAUCAGUGUGGGGAGCAGCUCUCAAGGCCCCCCAUCUUCCUGCGGGGUCCGAGCUGCCAUCUUCCACUACUUCCUGCUGUGUGUCUUCACCUGGAUGGGCCUGGAGGCCUUCCACCUCUACCUGCUGGCCAUCAGGGUCUUCAAUACCUACUUUGGACACUACUUCCUGAAGCUGAGCCUGCUGGGAUGGGGCUUGCCUGCCCUUGUGGUCAUUGGUGUUGGGAGUAGCAACAGUUACGGUGUUUACACUAUCCGCGACCAGGAGAACCGCACCUCUCUGGAGCUGUGCUGGUUCCAGAAAGAACCUGCUCUGUAUGCUACUGUCCACGGCUACUUCCUUGUCAGCUUCCUCUUUGGAGCUGUGGUGCUGGCUCUGGUGGCCUGGAAGAUCUUCACCCUGUCCAGUGUCACAGCGGGCAAAGAACAGGGGCAGACCUGGAGGUCGGUCUUCACUGUUCUGGGCCUCUCGAGUCUGGUGGGCAUGACCUGGGGGCUGGCUGUGCUCACGCCCCUGGGGUUGUCCACCAUCUACAUCUUCGCCCUCUUCAACUCGCUGCAAGGCGUCUUCAUCUUCUGCUGGUUCAUCAUCCUCUACUUCCCGAGGCAGAGCACCACAGCCCCCUCCUCUGGCACUGCCCGCCUUGGCCAGGCCCACUCCAUGUCACAGGAGUAG